CAUGUGAUUGUGCAGAUAACUUUUCACAAGAAAAGAUAUGAAGCAGAUUAUAUUCAGUCAUUCACCAUUUCUUUCAACGCAAUCAAAUGGAUGGGUGUGAUAUCGAGGAAGAAAAAAACUGUCCCCGUGCACCAUGACCCCGGGGCACGAGAAAGGUACAGCAAAUACGAACCGUUCUAACGCAUGCACGAGAUGAACUUUGUUCUCAAGUUCCGCAGAGUAUCGUGGAUUGACGUUCUGAUAAACCUCAUGGCCCAAGAACAAUGUAAUGACGUCACAGUGAUUAAUACCGCCAUACCACACAUGUCAAAAUGCGAGCGCUGCCGGCGGCGACCCUGCUGCGCGAACGGAACAAUUGGUACAAAGGUUUUCUGUGACACAGAUAGGGUUACCCCGGUGCCCGCAAAUUAACGCAUGCAAACGUCACUCCUCCACUUCCCUCGAUCGCCUGACUCUGUGCACGUAUUCGCUCUGGUUCUCGCCCCGGCCCAUAAGGUCACGGCGCCAAGUCCUCGUCUGCCGAGCCCAACAACACUUUGCAUCUGCGGCACAUAAACUUUUUUGAAGUGUGCAGGCAAAACUGCUUUUAGAAGAAAAUGGGCGUUGCAGAGCUACUGAUUUUGGCAGUUUGUGUGGCCUCCGUGAUGAGCGUCCCAGCACCGUUCAGCGCUGGCAGGACGUGCCACAUCGACGACCUCCAACUUAAAGAGGAUUUCUCCCUGGAGAGGUUUAUGGGAACAUGGUACGUGGAAGCGCAUGUACAGCGGACACACUAUCCCUACCAAAGACGCUCCCACUAUGGGUUACGCCAAGACGGGACUCUCUUUAUGAAAACUAACAGAGUUAUGAGACCUGGCGACUGUAAUUCGUGGAAUUUUGAAGCCCGGGCUACGGCCAACGGAGACUCCGACAACCCGGCCAAGAUGCUACUGUACCCACCCAUGCCCAACUAUCCACCAGAGGACUACUGGGUGGUGAGUACGGACUACACAGGUUACGCCUUGGUGUACAGCUGCGGUGAGCAACGGUCAGACGGCUCGUGCACGAGGCGCGGCGAGCACGCUUGGCUCAUGGCGAGGUCCGUGGGCGGUGUACCCGGGGAGGUACGCGCCAAAGUCCCAGCAAUGAUGUCAGCACUUUGCAUACGCCCAGAGCGGCUUCGCGAUGUUCCAAGAGAUUGUGAGAAAGAACUAACUCAAACGCCUACCCAUCUCACCCCACCCGCCGCAGGAUGUCGGGACGACGACGACAACACAGAAUGCAGACAGGGUCCCAGUGUGAGCAACGCAUGUGCGACUGCUAACUUUCGCUUACAGGAGGAUUUCAUUAUAGAAAAGUUUCUGGGUGAGUGGUAUGAGAUAGGCCACACCAGGAUGCCCGACAGCACCCUCAAGUUGCCCGACAUGCGCUCUAUGCUGUUCAGUCGUGAUCCCACUGGUCAGGAUGCCCACAUGUCACUCCUGAUGAAAGACAUCAAGCUGGAGGGACGAUGUGGCAACAUGAACAUGCCAGGGUCGGGCUGGCUGGGCCAGGAUAACCCCGCCAAGAUCCUUGUCAGCUUCCCUAUCCCUGCAAAAUACGGAGUCAGUGGGGCAGUGGAAUAUUGGAUUCUGUCUACUGACUACACCAAUUAUGCAGUCACAUACUCCUGCCAUCACACAUACGAGGAUGGCACAUGCGACAAACAGAGAGAAGCCUUGUGGGUACUGAGCCGGACUCCGACCCUACCCGAAGGGGUGGGGAGAAGGGUGGAUGAGGCCAUUAGAGGGGCGUGUCUGGACCCCGUGCAGGUCACCGACAAUCUUGAGGUAUGCUACACAACAGAAUUGGGUGAAGGAAACGAAACACAUGCUGUCAUACAGGGCAAGGCUGCUGUGACCAGCGGAUGUGAUCCAGCCACAGCUAAGUAUGGAUGCUGCUUGCUCAACAACAGGCCUGCCACUGGGCCAAACUACCAAGGAUGCCCUCGCGUUAGGCCACCUGUUGCUGGUCAGGACAUUGACUCGAGGCCGGUCUCUGAAGUUGUCAGACCACAGCCAAUGGCCCUGGCCAUGACUGCUCCUGAAUCAUUCAAAGUCAAGACAGUUGAGUGUGAUGAAAAGAUCAUCUGCAAGAUUUACUGUGAGUAUGGCUUCAAGAAAGACGAGAACAACUGUGACAUUUGCCAGUGUGCGGAAGAGCCACAGGAGCCUAGCACUGAAGGUCAUAUGAUGCGUGAGGCAGCCCAAAAGACCAAGAUUGUGUCGUGUCUCCAUCAAGCUCCGAGUGCUACCAAGAUUGGCCUGCCAAUUCUGGACUGUGCACCAGAUGGCAGCUUUUCGCCAAUUCAAUGCCAUGGGGAGGAAUGUUGGUGUGUUAACCCGACGACCGGUUAUGAGCUGAGAGGCACAAGGGUCUCUCAUAACACAAAGCCUGACUGCAGUCAGGUCCUGACUCCUGAUCAAAUGGUUCCUGCACAGACUUCAGACUGCUUGGCCCGCCGUUUGGAAGCCCAGUCCUCACUUGAUGUUCACGAGGGCUCCGGUCAUGCAUACAUCCCUGACUGUGAUGAGCGCGGACGGUACCGGCCGGUGCAGUGCUACCUGGAGAUGAAUAUGUGCUGGUGUGUGGACAUGCACACGGGCGAACAGCUAGGGGACAGUGUGUCUCACCAGAUGCUAAAAUGUGCCCCAUAGUGUCAGGGGAAGUGUCAUAUGCUGUAACAACAAAGCACAGACAUGAAAAAGUGUUAAAAUUUACUUUACUGUGUGCUCGAAUAUAUUUGAAAAACCUAUUCGAUUCUAGGUACUGGGUAGUUUUUAUUCUAAAUCCCUGUACAUGCUGAAUGAAGACAUUAACUCCAGAGGUUGGGUUAAUUUAACAACAAAUUAAUGAUUCACCCAUCAAAAUGCUAAACACAUUCAUUUACUCAUACAACCUAUGCUGUGGUGGACCCAUGCAUUUUGUACACCAAUCACUGAAGUACAUGUAGAUGACAUCUCUCUUUAUCAAGAGUGACAGGAAUUCAUCUUUGAUCAAAACAUUAAAGAAUAUUCACAAAGUUUUGGUAAAAAUAAAUCACUCCAUAAAUACUCACCAAGGCAGAAUUCCUGUCAUAGGUACUUUGUAUCACUUCAAACAAGUUGCAUUCUCAAAUACAGACAGGCCAAUACCAAACAAGGUUCAAAUGUAAGUAUUGAAUUGUUCAAAUGUAUCCCGGUUUGGCAGUUUUUAAUACAUGUCUAACAAGAAAAUGCAACAGAAUGUUCUGUCUUUUCGUCUACAAAGCAAAUUAACAAGCAAAAAAUGCAUGCAAAUGUUUGUAAGCAAUUUUCAAGAAAUAUCUAAACAAAAUAUAUCUGCUUUCUGCACACUAUUUCCUAAAAAAAAUAAUCUUAUGGUAGAAGCACAAAUGCAUGUUUAGUUACACCAACUUGAAUUGUGUUGCAGCAACUGCUUACUUGAAACAACAUAGCGUCCAGAAGCUGUCAGGCCUGACAUGGCCCACAUUGGCUGACAACAAUCAGAAUGGUCAACUUUGUUUUGGUUUUUUGUUUUAUAAACAUGAAAGGUUAAAGAUUUCACAGCAGUUACAAAAGGAGUCCAUAACAUAAAAAAAAAGAUAUUACAAUGCACAGUUUUCUAGAAUAGUCCUACUGAAAAAAGGCAUAUAAUUUGCCAGGCCAUUUAAAAUGCUCUACUAUGGAACUAUGGAGCUUCAUCAAUUAAGGGCACAGCCAAAGCCACAUUUAGUAUUCCAAAGGCCCGAGGCACCAGUGUUGCCCUCAAAGUUUGAAGUCCCCCCUUCAAAAAAAAAAGUCUCUGAGAGAGCUACUGGAACUUUUCUUGUACAUGUGCGUGAAAGUUUGUGCUUGUGUUUUAUGGAACCCUCUAUGGUAUUUUUUGUAGGCCCUCUCAUUUUUGUAGGCAGCCAGAUUUUGAAGGCCCCUGGCAUACAGUGCAUUAUUUUGGAUGAUCUGGCCUUGGGCAUGACAUGAGGUAAAUGCCUUUCACUGGAAGGGUAAAGAUAAAGCAAUUUUGAAGAGAAUGCAUGUAUUUUUGAAAAAUAUAACUACAAUAAGGUGUGCAUUGUGUUUAGACAAAGCAAACUUUUAUUUGAUUGAAUACCAGCUGUUGUGCAUCCACUGUAAAAAUUGUUUCAGAUUUAUAUAUAUAUUUAUACAUGUAAUAUUAUUAAUCGGAAUGGAUGUAUACAUUUGGGUUUAAAAGCUUCAAAUUACUGAACUGUAAAUCAAAGAUGGCAAGAAUUGGCAGUAAAAAAAACAACUGAGAGGAAUGUU